AUGCUCAGUUCAAGGAUGGUCCUGGUGCUCGCCAUGCUGCUCACCCUGUCCCCAUGCUGUGAUGAAGUUCCACACACACUGUUCGAGUGCUGCUUCAGUUACAAGUCCCUUUUACAGCUGGCUAACCUGAAGGAUUUCUACACAACUUCCAAGGAGUGCUCUUCCCCAGCAAUUGUGUUUGAGACCAGGAAUGGGACCAAGGUCUGUGCAAAUCCAGAGGUGACUUGGGUGGAGAAAAGAGUUGAAAGACUUCAAAAUAGGAAGGGACUUCGUGCUCCAUGA